CCGCCUCACCAGCUGGCUGGGGACCAGGCGGGAGGUGGCGCGACCCAGAGGCUGCAGGAGGGAGGGAAGGAGGGAGAAGAGAGAGGAGGGAGGGAAGCCGGUCCUCGGAGUAGCCUGCCCCCACCCCGUCCCUCCCGCCGGAGCGGGGCCGUCAAACGCAAACACGCGCGCACGCACACCCGCGAAUACAUACACUCGGGCUCCCUCCGGCGCGCACGCACAGCGCCUCAGGCAGACCAGAGUGGCGGCUGCCUCUCCGGACUCCUGGACGCCAGAGUCUCGGGUUCCUCGGGCAGCUGAUGCGCCUUUGCCUAUCCCCAUCCCUACCCUUCAGUUCCUCCAGGGCUGCGGGACCCCUCCCGCCGCCGCCGCCACCUCGCCCGCCGCCGGGCGAGGAGCUGGCUGGCCGGCCGCCGCCGCGCAGUUCCCUCAUCGUCCCCGAGGUAGCUCCGUCGCGGCUCCUGUCUUGGGCUUCGUCGUGUUCCUGAGCUUCAAAGACUGAGCGGAACAAACUUCGCCGAUCGGCUGUCGCGCGGCGGGCACCCCGCGUGCCCCGCGCGCCCAGGUGGGCAAGGGGCGUUCGGAUCUUGGGGCAUCGGGUUUCCUCGCCCGUUGCCCCUGCUAGAUAGACUUUCUCCCUGCUUGCAGGGAUUCUAGAGACUCCUUCACUUAGCAAACUUUCUAUUUCCCCCAACCCAAGGGGGUGAAAAAAGCUAGAGGGAGAAGCAGGUCCCCGCGGGGCAUCCGCCACACUGGAGGCGAUUAGCUGGGCCCCGCUAACCGGGGAACGCAUCAGGGAUGGGGAACCCCUCCCUGGGUCUCCCUCUGUCCCGGCUACCGAUCCUGCCCCAGCCGAGCCCGCAGGCUCGAGGGGCGAGGUGCCGAGGACCAGGCAGCCCGCGCGGAACGAGCUUGGGCCAUCCAUCCGCACGACCAUCCGCACUGGGGCAAACCGCUUGACCCAGGCCUGGCAUAGGGUGUCCCGAGUCCAGGACCGCUGGCCUCCGCGCCAUAGCAAUGUCAUCAACAUGUCCACCAUCUCGCGCACCCCGGUGGUGAUCACCACGCCCGCGGACCCCCCUGUGUACGCGGAAUCCGUUGCACUGGGUGCUCCCGAAGAGCCCGCUGCGCCCGCGGAACCCGCUGCGCCCGCGGAACCCGCUGCGCCCGCGGAACCCGCUGCGCCCGCGGAACCCGCUGAGCCCGCGGAACCCGCUGCGCCCGCGGAACCCGCUGAGCCCGCGGAACCCGCUGCGCCCGCGGAACCCGCUGAGCCCGCGGAACCGGCUGCGCCCGCGGAACCCGCUGCGCCCGCAGAGUCAGCCGAGCCUGCCGAGCCCGGGGCGUCCGCUGGUCCAACAGAAUCCGCAGAGUCCGGGGAGCCCGCUGCAGUCGUUGAGUCCCAGCAGCCUGCGGCACCCGGGGAGGCCCCUCAGCCUUCAAGUGGUGAAGUUCGUGAGAGUGAGGAUGCCCAAGAUGAGACCGAAAUUUCCAACAUCAGCUGUGGCAUCUGCUGCUACCACCGCUUGCAACUUCGACUCCAUCGCAGAGGAGGCUUGGUCAGCGCGGCGCUGCAUUGGGAUUCUCGUGGUCUGGUUCAACUCCCCUUUAGCAUCUCCUUCUUCGCGGCCAUGAAGCGGCAGAACGUGCGUACCCUGUCCUUGAUCGCCUGUACCUUCACCUACCUGCUGGUGGGUGCCGCGGUGUUCGACGCCCUCGAGUCGGACCAUGAGAUGCGCGAGGAGGAGAAACUUAAAGCCGAAGAAGUCCGUCUCAGAGGCAAGUACAACAUCAGCUCUGAUGACUACCAGCAGCUGGAGCUGGUCAUCCUGCAGUCUGAGCCCCAUCGCGCUGGUGUCCAGUGGAAAUUCGCCGGUUCCUUCUACUUCGCCAUUACUGUCAUCACAACUAUCGGAUACGGACAUGCUGCACCUGGAACCGAUGCUGGCAAGGCCUUCUGUAUGUUCUAUGCUGUGCUGGGUAUCCCCCUGACACUGGUCAUGUUCCAGAGCCUGGGCGAGCGCAUGAACACCUUCGUGCGCUACCUGCUGAAACGUAUCAAGAAAUGCUGUGGCAUGCGCAACACUGAAGUUUCUAUGGAGAACAUGGUGACCGUCGGCUUCUUUUCCUGCAUGGGCACCCUGUGCCUUGGGGCGGCUGCCUUUUCCCAGUGCGAAGAUUGGAGCUUCUUCCAUGCCUACUACUACUGCUUCAUAACAUUGACUACUAUAGGGUUCGGCGACUUUGUGGCCCUGCAGGCCAAGGGUGCCCUGCAGAGGAAGCCAUUCUAUGUGGCCUUCAGCUUCAUGUAUAUCCUGGUGGGCCUGACCGUCAUCGGUGCCUUCCUCAAUCUUGUCGUCCUGCGAUUCCUGACCAUGAAUACCGAUGAGGAGCUCCUGGAGGGAGAAGUUGCGGAGAUUCUUGCUGGAAAUCCAAGACGUGUGUCUGUCCGUGCGACUCAGAAGCGCAAGAGGCACCACCCCAUGUACUUCCUCAGAAAAUACGGCAGAACCCUGUGCUAUCUCUGCUUCCCUGGUGCCAACUGGGGUAAAGAUGAUGAUGACGAUGAUGAUGAUGAUGUGGUCGAUAAUGUUGUCGUUACUGCUCCUAUUUCUGCUCCUGCUUCUGCUCCUGCUCCUGCUCCUGCUGCUGUGGCUGCUGGUGCCAAUAGCAGGAGUGUCCGGGCUACUGUCCACACCGUUUCCUGCAGGGUUGAAGAGAUCCCUCCAGAUGUGCUGAGGAACACCUACUUCCGGGCCCCAUUUGUCGCCAUCCCCCCUGGAAUGCACACCUGCGGGGACCAUAGGCUGCACCUCCGUCGCAAGUCCAUCUAAGUGUGGGAGGGAAGUACACGGAAGAAUCAUUUGUCAUGCAGAUGUAAGUUUCAUUGUCCCAACUCCUCUUUCCCUCCUUAUUUAUUAUUAUUCUCUUUUUUUGUGCUUACGGUCAUCAUCAUUCCUUUCUCUCUUCCCUCCUUUCCUGGUUUCAUUUCCUUCCCUCCUUUCCAGACAGGCAGAGCUGUCCAAAGGGAAAAUAGAGGCCCAUCCUCUCUGAAGCUCGCACCUGAGCAUGAAGCAUGGAUUCGUUCCUUUCUCCCCACCAGAGUUAUGCCUUACAUUUCUCCCCACCCUGCCUCCUCUCUCGGGGGUGGCCUUCCUAGGACAGGUGUGAGAACAGGAGCACCAAGACAGAGCUGGGAGGAUGCCCAACUGAAGCCUUUGACUGCCUACCCAUAGUGAUGUCUCCGACCUAACUCCUCUCUUCUUCCCCCAAGGACUGGGUGGCUGUGUGUACGCGUGUGUAAUAUGAGUGUGUGCGCUUUUGUGUGCAGGUGUGUUGUGCGACAAGGUGGAAAGUAUCAGGCAUCCACUUCCCUUCUCACGCAUACAAUUUCAUUCACAGUCUCCUUGAGGCUGCUUCCAAACAAACUAAAACCCCCGCAAGGUUUGAUUUAUCACCUUGCCAAAUUGAGCACAUCCCACAAAGCACUUUUAACCCAAGAUGUAUCAGAUGGCCAUAGCUUCUAAAUCUCAUCCACUCCUCUUCAGGGUGUAGGUGGGCAAGACCACAGGGAUCAAGUUUACCUUGCCAGUUUAAAAUUAAGAAUCAUGCACUUUGUGGAACUGGUAUGCAUCAUUGACACAAGAAAGCAGAGCUCACAGAGGAAUAGUCCAAAGCCACUAGUGCCAACUUACUGAAGACAUUUUGAAUUUCAGCAUUUCCAGUUCCAGCAGUUUUCCCUGCAGCUGGAGUUGUCAGGGUAAAGAGGAAAAUAGUUGGGACCCAAGAGUACCUAUUUUAUUAUGUCCCUCUUCCUAAGGAUGACUAUGACGGGAUGAGCUUUGUGAAGUCUCUACCUGCAUGGAUUAGAGUUCCAGUUUGGGAAUGCUUGGAUGAGAAUGGGUAUCAGAAUGAUGAUGUGAUUUCUUUUCCUAAGAAGAAAGCGACAGGGCAUUCCUUGUUUAAAUAUAUAUAGAGAGGUAUAUAUUUCAGGAAAGAGUGUCUCUAAAUGCAUUUGAUCUGUAAAUAGGGAGAAGUUCACAUUGGUCUCAGGAAGAGUUUUAGAGGCUGUAUCUUGGCCUGCUGGGAACUUGUCAAGCUCAGGGGAUGCUUUGUCUAGGUAGCUGAGAAAUUCCUCCUCACUCUCAAUAAAGGAUGACCCUGUAGGGGACAGUUUAGGCUAGAGAAUAUGGCACAUCAUAUGUAGGCCCUUUCAAUCUCAGGAGUCCGAGGGCAGCUCGGCCUCCAUAAUCACUGAAGGACUCUAAUUUCUCUCAUCGCCAUCCCUGCCAUCUCUAAAAGUCACCCCAUUCACUCAUCCUCCCACUCCUUCUUCGUACACUGGAAGUUCCUGGCUUUUGGAUGGAAAUGGGCUUUGGCUACACUACGCACGCACAAGGAGCGCACUUACUGGUCUUCAAGAUUUCUUAAAGGACACAGCAUCCAAAUGCCACCAGUCCCAAGCAUGUGUGCCAUUGGGCUGAAACCAGGAGCAUCCAGGACUCCUCUGGAAAGUCAAUGCAUGCACUUAAUGCUACACCCCCUGUUGAAAUAUCCCCUUCGUCUCGGACACGGGACCUUCAAAAGGAGUCUGUGAACCUUAGACUCUCUUGGCCAAAGUUGACAUAUUCCAACUUCGAGGUCUUUAUCAGUUCACUUGUUUGAGAUUUUGUUGUGUGGAAUGCCCUGCACGGGGCUCUCAAGUCUGUCCAGAGAAUAGAAGCAAUCGCUCUUCUUGAAUGUUUUUGCUCUGCAAAAAGAUUGUUGGCUCUUUCGGGUCACAAAUGUGACAAUCCUGAUGCCUAUAUGCAGAGUACUUUAUGCCUCGAAGGAGGUUUCCUGGAACACAUGUAGGAGUUCCCCUGAAACUGUUGUAAGAUUUUUUUCUUCAAAUGGUGGGUAGGUAUGUGUGAUCACCUCUGAUCUGUACAUGUCGUUGAGGCACUGAGAGAACCAAGGAUCCGCUCUCAGUCCCUACCCAGAAGGGUCCAGAAGGUGGACUUCCCGACACCAAGGUGUCCUGACCCAGCCCUACGGUGGAGGAGGGAUCCUGCUUGGUGUCUUCACAGGGCCAAGUGUUAGGCCCAGGAGUCAAGUCAGAGGGACAUAGGCUCAGCCUAUCUUUAGAGCUGGCUUCCCAUUCAUGUAUCUGUGUGAAGUGGUCACACAGUGACCAUUGUGUGGGAAGGAUUGAAUGACAAGUACAUCCCUUCUUCCCAGAGAAACAUAGACAACACCUUCUAUAAUCUCACAGAGGUGACCCUCCCAUCCUCCCCGCUACCCCCCGCUCCUUCUGCAAGGUAAAGGGCUGUAGGGUGAAUUCUCUUUCCUCCUCACGUGAUAGCUACUGAUGGAAGUAAUUGAAGCAACUUGGUUAUCAUCCUUGUAACCCUCCCAUGUCUUUGGCUAUUUAUUGCCAGUUCAGCUUUGGAAGGAAGGGCACCAAAUUGUCUCUUCCAAGCUCAACACAAGAGCACUGAGGGAGGGAAUGAAUCUUGGCUUAUCUCCCUAUAAGCGAAUCUUCUCCAAUGGCCGAUUUGUUCCUUAGCAUAGGACCUGGUGAGAUUGUUCUCUGGGCACAUCCACUGAUAGUGCUCUCUUGGGGUGAGAACAGGGAGGAGUCAAAUUCUGAAGGACUCUGUGUUUCACAAGAUGGGAAGUGGACCAUUUCUAUGAAGAGUCCACCAGUAGAGUUGAAGGGGUUCCAAGUAGGGGGACCUCCACUGGCUCCCUCAUUUUCAGAGGAGGAGACUGAGAUUUAGGGGAGUCAACAUAUCUGAGGUCAUGUGUAAAGAAUAUAGGUCUUCACCCUUCCUUUUGCUGUUGUCCUAGCUGCUUUGUCGAUGUUUUGCACAGCAUUCCAAAGAUUCCAUAUUACUGGACUUUAUUGUAUCUCUGGCCAAGACCUUUCUCCCUCUGUUGUACACUUGGCAGCUUCUUUCAGCCAAGUGAUUGUUGUACCCUUCCCUCCAGUUAACCAAACCCCUUCAACAGACCUCAUGCCAGGUUGUUUGCAGAAGGAAUUCAGUCUCAGGAACUGGAGGCUGGCUUGCUGUCUGGUUCCUGGAAGUUAAUUUGCCUUGUAUAUAUAUAUAUAUACUUAAUAAGAUAUCUGACUCACUUGAACUCUUCACUAAGUGAUCUCCAUCUUUAUUUCAUCGAAGACAGUAAGAAGUAGGCAACAAUAUGGAGUAACCCAGAGCUCUGGGCUUGCUGAUUUCUAGUGUUCAUCCCAUUUGAAUCCUUAAAGGUACCCAUUCCAGGAAGAAGGUGCUGUCUCACCCAUCUGCCUGUUAGACUUUGAACAUCAAGAGAACUUCUCUCUCUGGGUUUUGAGAUUCUCUGUUAGCCCCCGAACUGAAACUAGCUCUGUUCUUCCUGGUUGCCCAACUCAGUCUUGAGGCCAAGGCAGUAGCCUCUAAGACCUGAGCCCAUUAUGGGUGACUGAUUGACAGGGGUGUUGGGCUUUAGUAUGGCCAUAGUGAGAUGGGCACACCUGUAUCUUCUCUGUGUACCUGAUUAAGGAGACAUCUGGAGAGUAGAUAAGCUGAGACAGGUAAUUUUUAUCAAUUUCAUCCAGAUAUGAAAGCUGUAUAGAUCUUGAAUCCAGUGCCAAUCUAUCUCAGCUGGAAUCUAGAGGGAUAAGGGUUCCUCAGAGAUCUUCAUGUCUGUGUGCUUUGGGAGAAAGAAAGUUCAGAAAAUGAUUACCCAUCAUGGAGGCUCCCAGCUUUACCUCCAUAUAUUCUUUCUAAAAUAAUGAGCCCAAGUCAGAGACUCAUUGAAAGUAUCUACAGAGCUGUGAGAUCUGAGGUGCAUGCUGGAAUGUGUCCACUCUACCAGCUCCUAGCUUGUCAGCAUCUGUGAAUUGUGACUUAGUUCUGAAAAUGGUAGAUGCAUUUCCUCCAGAGUCAAAGUCUUAUCGGGACCAAAAGGCAUCCUAGAUGAGGAAGAGUGGUAGGGCAGGGACUGGUUCUUCUGCCUUACUCUAUUGGGCUCUUGGAAGUCAUUUCACUUCUUGAGCUUCUGUAGCUUUCUCUUUAAUCUGAUGGUAUAGUAAGGGUGGGGAUUUUGCACAAGAUGAGCUUGACUCACAAGGACCUUCGGCUUGGAUGAUCUGGUCACAUUUGAAGAUAGAUUCACCAAAGUAACUCAGUUAAAAUUGUUGCAGGAGAUAGAGAGCUGGGAAGGAGACACAAGUGCUGGCAUAGAGCAUUGGACCACAGUAUAAUGCAUCAUGGGUUCCCUAACGUGCUAGGCUUAGAUUGACUUUCUGUGGUCCUAUCUUGACCACAUGUUGGUAGAGGUUGCUGCUUCAGGAAAACAAAAAUAUAUGAUCACGAUUCCCCUGAUACCAACUUUGAAAAAAAAUGUCUGAGGGUGACAGAAAAGUUGAUAGACUAGCACCAUGGGAUUCCCUAGACCUCUCACCCAGAGCCCCAGCCUCAAUACCCCCUCAACACUGAGAUGAUUGGAAGAUAAGGUAUCAUGGUGUCUACAGCUUUUAGGUGGUUCAGCCAAAGAUAACAUUGUAUAUCUCCCAUGAAAAGUGCAUUCUCUUACAUAGUAAUGGUAUUGUCACACCUAAGAAACUUAGCAUAAGAAUAUCUAAUAUAAUAAUAUAAUCUGUAUAAAGAAUUCCCCAAGUGUCCCUAAAAUGUCCUACUAAACUUGUUUGUGAAUCUAAGAUGCCAUCCAAUAUCACACCCCACACCUGCUUGUCUUGUUGUUCUCCAAUCCCCCAAUUGAGGGCAUCUCCCUCACUGUGUUUGUGUCUCUUGAUAAUUGAUAUUUUGAGGACCCCAGGACUGUAGUCUUGUAGAAUGCCUAUGAUCUGCUGUCGUCUGCUUGUUCCCUCGGCUUGAGGAACUGUUGACAAGAAAUGAUGUAGUUGAUGUUGUUUAGCCCUGAUUUAUGCAUUUGAUGUUUGUCUCUCUGGGGACCUCUGUGGUUACUGCUUUGUUGUGAAUAAAUAAGUCAUAUUAAA